CUGAUACGCGAGUGGAGCCUACAGGUGCCGGCGUGUGUCCUGCAGACACCCUGGAGUGAUCGCAUACACAGCAAACAACAGCUCUCUGACCACCUGAGACUCCGGGGCAGACGGAGGAGACACCUGAGCCCUGGCAGUGCUCGGCCCGUUCACACCCCGCGCACAGUGGUCAUCCUAUCCCGUCUCAUUAGCCUGAAUAAGAAGCCUGGACUCUGCUCUGGUGACACACUGACCACCUCUAGUGAGGACGACCGUAUUCAUAGUCAUGAUGAUGAUCUGGGAGGAGACUUGAAGCAUUCUGUUUGUCAAAAACAGCAAACCCGAGAGGCUUCUCUCCAGCUCCUGGUGUCCGCUUUGAGUCCGGGCAGUCGGGCUUUUGUCUCGGCAGUAAAUGUUUGUGCACGCGCGGGCGCGCGUGAGGGGCGGGGCGGGGCGGGGCGUGUGCGCAAGCGCACGGCGGUUGGGGAGAAGUCUGGCCAACGGCCGCCAGACGUUUGGAGAAACAAGAGAGACUCACGGUGGGAAACGGGCGGCCGGACCAACGCGUAUGGAUUUACCUCUCUUUUCCGCCACUCCGGGGUCCACUCAAGGCUGACGAAGGGUGGCCGGAACCAAGUGAAACUCUCCUCCGCUCCCUGCCGCCUUCCUUCCCAACCGCUGCUCCCCAUUGGCUGCUGUCCCCAGAGGGUGGAUAUAAGCAUGGGAGGCCCACUCACCUGCACAGGUGGUGUCAUGGCGCUGCUGCGGAGGAGGCUGAAGCUGGUGGUGUCGGUUACCAUGGUGAACCUCUUCAUCUUCAUCCUGGUGUCCCGGAGCGGCGGCCAGGGCAAGAACGGGCGCCGCCAGCCGCUCGUCCCCUCCAAACCCUUCUGGGCCAAGCUGCUCCCCAGCCAGGCCUUCUGGAACCGGCAGCAGCAGGUCCUGGACUACAGGAACAACGCCAUCCUGGCCGCCAACGACAGCGGCGCCGCCGCGCCCGAUUGGCUGAACGGCAGCAGCUCCGCCCCCGACCCCUGCCAGCCCAACCUGCGGGUGACCACCCAGGUGAAGGACUACAACUCGCUGCCCGACCGCUUCAAGGACUUCCUGCUGUACAUGCGGUGCCGGUCCUACCCGGUGGUGGUGGACCAGCCGGAGCUGUGCCGGGACCCGCCCUUCCUGCUGCUGGCCGUCAAGUCCCUGGCGCCGCACUUCGACCGGCGCCAGGCCAUCCGCCAGUCCUGGGGCCGGGCGGGCGCCAUCGCCAACCGCACGGUGGUCACGGUGUUCCUCCUGGGCAACGCCACGGCCGUGGACCACCACCCGGACCUGUCCGAGAUGCUGCUGUACGAGGGCCUGCGCCACCGCGACAUCGUGCAGUGGGACUUCAGGGACUCCUUCUUCAACCUGACCGUCAAGGAGGUCCUGUUCCUGGACUGGAUCCAGGCCCGCUGCCCGGACGCCGCCUUCAUCUUCAAAGGCGACGACGACGUCUUCGUCAACACCUACCGGAUCCUGGACUUCCUGAAGGGCCUGCCGGGGCCCAAGGCCCGGGACCUGUUCGUGGGGGACGUCAUCACCAACGCGGGGCCCCACAGGGACAAGAAGGUCAAGUACUUCAUCCCGGAGAGCCUGUUCGUGGGGGCCUACCCCCCGUACGCGGGGGGGGGCGGGUACCUGUACUCGGGGGACAUCGCCGCCCGCCUGCACAACGUGUCGCAGCACGUGGCGCUCUACCCCAUCGACGACGUCUACACCGGCAUGUGCCUGCGCAAGCUGGGGCUGGCCCCCGACAAGCACAAGGGCUUCAGGACCUUCAACAUCGAGGAGAAGUACAGGGCCAACCCCUGCGCCUACCGCAGCCUCAUGCUGGUGCACCCCCGCACCCCCCAGGAGAUGAUCCAGAUCUGGGCCUGGCUGCAGAGGCCCGACCUGACCUGCCAGUGA